AUAUAGAUAGAAGUUACCGCAGUAAAGAUCAACGUCUGGUCUGAACGUCAGUGUCACAAACGGCAAACGGACCGAGUGUAUGAAUAGAAAAGUGUUUCGAGAGUGUGAAAACAAACAGAAAAGUAAAACAGAAGUUACGAAACAUCAAAGAAUUUGCCUUUGCCUGACUUUGUCAGCCAUAACUGUAAUUCAUAUUUUUUAACAUGGGUUGUGAUGGUGGUACAAUUCCGAAGAGAGACGAAUUAGUUAGAACAAAAAAGAAGCCAGAACAAAAAGACAAAGAUGCAGAAAAUCAUUGCAAAUGGCGGCUGUGUGCAUCAUCUCAAGAAGAGCUUCGUUCCCCAAUUGUAGCUUGUGAACUAGGAAGAAUGUUUAAUAAGCAGUCAGUGCUUGAAAUUCUCCUUGACAAAGAAAAGGCUCCAGAUUGUGGGAAACACCUGAGAAGCUUGAAGGACAUCAAACAGUUGGUUUUAACCCCAAACCCUUCUUUCAAGAAACAUGCCAACAUGGGAGAUGGAUAUGAUGACUUGCAGUCAGCCGAAUUCAUUUGCCCUGUCCUUGGAGUUGAAAUGAAUGGGAAAUUCAAGUUCUGCUUCAUCUGGACCUGCGGAUGUGUGAUGUCAGAAAGAUCUCUCAAAGAAAUCAAAACAACUUCCUGCCACAAGUGUCAGAAAUCUUUCAUUAAUGAGGAUGUUAUAGUGAUAAACCCAUCAGAGGAAGAAUUUGCUGUAUUGCAAGCCAAUAUGGAGGCAAGGCGCUCAGCAGCUAAAGCCAAGAAUAAAGGCUUGAAACGUGGAGUUGAAGCAUCAGAAAAGAACUCUGAAAAAGGCAAAAAACUUAAAACUGGCAGUUUAAACAACAUUGCACAGAAACUCAUAAAGUUAGAAGAUCCUGAUAUGGCUAAAACUAAAGCUAGCUAUAGUGUGUCUAAGGAUCCUCAUGCCAGUGAAGUGUACAAAUCCUUAUUCACAACACAUGACAAGGCUGUUAAUCAAACUAAAGGACAUUGGGUUACAUACAAUCCUUUUUACAACUAAACAUUUGUACAUGUCAUUUUGAAUGUACUUUCUUUUCAAAAUAAAUAUUUUUAUCCAAA